GUAUCGAUGCCAAGCGCUAUGCUAAAUGGGGCUAGUAAGAGAAUUCUGGCUUAAUAGUAUCGUGUGCUUAUAAAGUGAGAAAAUUCCACAAGUCCUUUAGUUCAGCAGAAAUAAGCCAAAUAGUAUCAAUGUGUUCUGGAAAUGGUGUGUAAAGAAGACGUUGUGACAUGGUUUAAAGAAUUAACUAGCUCCAAACGUAUUGAUGUAAUGUGUAGUUUGUUGAAUAUGUGCCUUCCAUUUGAACUACGGUUCCUCGGCACAUGUCUAGAGGACCUGGGGAAGCGAGAUUUUCAUGAGCUAAGGGAUACAGAAAUUCGAGCAAAUAAUUCUUCAGAGUUGUCUGAUUUGCAGUGUAUGAGUGAUAAGCGAACUCAGAGAAAAUUAGCGUUAUUUUUAUCCCUGUUGAAGUCCUGUAAUCAUGCAUGUUCUAAUGGUCUAUACAAGAUCCUAGCGAAUUUUGAUAUCAGUGAAAUUAAUGCCACCAACAAUUCAUCGUCAGAUGAAAAUCCUUUGGAAGAACUGUUACUUUUGUAUACACUUGCCUUAAAUCAUCCAGCUUUCUCAUAUGAACAAAAAGCAAUUUUUGGUAAUAUAUUGGUAAAACUUCAAGAUGAAGAAAGUAAAAUGUAUUCGGCCAAACAUCAAGUUGGCAUCAGCUUACUAUAUGUCAAACCCCCAAUACAGCCCCGUGCAUCUGGUCCAUCAUCUGAAGAGCGCCAGCAGCAGGAUAUUGGUGUACUUGGCCAUUGCCCUGGCAUUACAAUACCACCAUGUCAUUCAGCAGUGGGAGAUGCUAACAAAGGGAGAAGUUCAGUACUGUCUGGACUGAGUGUCCCCCCAGGUCUUGCCCUCGCUCCAGAACAGCUAACAGCAACAAGCUAUGUACAUGUUGCAUUUCCCUCCCCUGGCCAUCAGCCACUACCGUCUGUGCCGUGGCACAGUGGAGUGACUCCCUUGGUGAUGUCUGGUGUGUGUGCAACUUUACCAGCAGAAGUACAAGCAACCAGUGAAGUAUCACCAUAUCCAUCAUCUCCUCUUGUUAGCCGGCAGUCUUCACCAUCUCAGUCGAGGUCCCCAAGCCGUACUGCUUCUCCUGUGAGAAUGCAGCAGCAACAACCAUCAGUGUCAUCAGCAGCACAGACCCCUGUGCCAGCACCAGAUCGGAGCCAGAACUUUUCAAAAAGUCUGGCUUCUAAUCGUCGUAGUGAUAGGAAUUGCUCCCAUCCCAAUACUGCACCUCUUCGACUGAACUGUGUGGAUACCAGUGUAGCCCCACCACCCACCCAGCAGCACAGGAAUAUAUCCAGGAAGAGCAGCGUGGAGACGCAAGAUUCGUUCAGAGAGACAUUGGUCAAAGAGAUGCCUAAUUACCAGAACCUUCAGAAGUAUCGAAUAGAUGAGCUGCAUCGCAUGCGGGAUGAGGAACUCAAGGAUUUGGGUUUGCCGAACGGUGCCAUAAUGCAGCUACGAAGCAUCAUGACCAAGAUUAGCAGUACUAAUGGACUGUGUGGUGUUGACAAACGGGAACCAGUGCCCAAUACAGGCAGGAGGAAACUGGAUGGAGCAGCAGCAUCUGAAGUGGAACAGCCCCCUGAAAGGAAGACUCAAAGCGCUGGUCCCAUCAUGAGGAGGUACCCAAAUGUACCUGUGGAGGGUGGUCCUGUUAUGUAUCCUCAGCCUCCACCACAUCUGCUGACAACUCCACAGGGUGCUCCCUGUUACACGUGCUUUGCUGUGCCCGUCUCUUCGUCAGCAGCUCCUGCUCGUUACCACAGCCAGGCUCAGCCAUUCUACUGCGUGAACCAUCACCUGCAGACAUUGCACUUGGAUGGUGAUGCAAGUCGCCAAGGUUCAAAUAGUAGCAGUGCCUCAGACAGCUCUAGUGCAGGUCAUUCUCCGCCUGACACCCCAUCAAUGCCUACAGCUCCUCACUGGGACAAUAGACCAUACAUGGGGAAAGAGACUGGUGGAGGGGAAAGGUGGAGCCCAGGAUGUGACGAACGUGCAGAAAAGGAGCGAAGGUUACCAGAGACAUCUGAGAAAAGUGGUACAGUACCAGAAGAAGGAGGAAAUAUGCAUCAGCAGCAACCUGUGCAAAACAGUGCCAACAGUAACACCAGCAGUAGGCAUCGUUUGACUGGUGGAUUAGGAAGAAGCAAAACAAAUCCUCCUGGACUACAAACCUUACCUCGGGGUCGUGGUCCUAACCCUUCUACAGUGAUAUUGGAGGGAAAUCACAAAACACUACCCAGCUGCCGACGUGAUGGCCCUGCUGUGAAUGGAGCCCAAGUGGCACCACCCCCUCCACGCACUUCCCAUCCACCUCCCUCUCAUGAGGAUAGAAAAAUGUUCUUAGUGCCCUCUGAGAUGAUCCAAGUAUCUCCACAUGCUAAUGUGGCAUACACGACUGUAAACUCUACUUCCCAGCCGCCAGCACCUCAGUAUUCCGGUAGUAGCGGUGGGAGUAAUCCUCUGCCACGGCCUGCUGACAGUAGCAACGUGCCUUACACCCCUGUCACUACAUACCUCCCACAUGGACACUAUCCAGCACUGCGAACCACUGGUUCUCUCUUUCCAAGCUUUCCACCUGGGAGCUACAUCCGGCCUACCUACCAAUAUCCAAAUGGAGAACUGGUAUACCAGUACCAUGGGCCCCAGACUCCUCCUCCCCCUCCUCCAACGCAGUUCAUACCAACUCCUGUUGUGACCUACUCCACUGUUGUUCCUCCACCUAAACUUUCAUGUUACAACUGUGGAAGUCAGAACCACCAUGCCAGUGACUGCAAAGAGAACACCAUGGAGGAGAUGACAAAACAAGGCCAGUACCGUCUGGACUAUUCACCCUACCAGAAAACAGGAGAGUGCUCAUCAGAGAAGUGACCCCAGCGAUUGUCUUACCAGAAAUUGGUGCCAGUAUUCCAGGAACCUGGACCAUGUCUGGCGAGCAGUGAACCACAUCCAUACCGUUCAUACAUGUACUGGAAACUGCUUCACACGGCAAGUCACAGUCGUUCUCGAGACUCAUCGUGAUCCUCAUGAAAAGGGCGUUGCAAUGAAUUAUAACCAGUACUUGCUUACAGCUUUCUAUGAGAUAGCAGGAUUUGUUUUAUAAUGUAUCGUUCCCGGUGUUCUUGCCACAGAGAACUGUGUCUUUUAAAAGGUGUCAGAAUAUAUUAAUAUAUAUACAAUAUUGUACAAAUCUGUGUAAAUGUCAUGUAGUGUGUGUACAAUUUACAGAGAGAACUGAAAGAUGUGUGCAUCAGAUGUGACCAAACUAACAAACCUUUAAAUCACACCAUCUCAUGACACACAAGUCAGGUGUGCAAAGGUUACAAUAGGGUUCAUAUGCCAGCAUGGUUUACUAUGCAACAAGAACGGUAUGCCAUUUAUCUCUCCAUAGUGGUUGCAUCCUACCCAGUGAUUUCAAGUCAGGAAAUGAGUUCCCACAUUUUCUCAAUCUUUUAGAUAAUGUUUGUAAGUCUUAUUUUAGCAGCAGUUUCAUAAAUGGAAUCUGAGAGAUAAAUAUUAUUCAGUAUUUAACUUUCGAACUAACACUUCUGAUGCAAUAUUUUGUUGUGUGUUUAAAUGAUGAAUUGCACACUGGGUCAUAUUUGUGUUACAUUUGCUCACUCUCUGUGUUCUGUUGGACUUGACAUUUCAUCAUAAAGACUUGUUAGCAACCAAUACUUGUACUAGCACAAUUAAAUUUGACUUGCUGAGAAGUUGGCAUUGCAAGUAUUGCAGGAUGUCAUUUUUUAUCCAGUGUUAAAAGACACAGAGACUAAAGUGUUUGAGGUGAAGUGAAGCAUACCAUUAUUGGAACUGUUAAAGUGUUGCUAGGGCAACCUUUUAAAGAGCGCAAAAAUACUCGCACAGCAUAGACCCUUUUAAUUUAUUUUAAUUU